AUGGUACCGUGGGCCACCCUGGCCCUCGUGGCCCUCCACACGGCCCUCUUCCUCCACCCCCUCUGCCCCCCCGGGAGCGCCUGCCUGAGUGUCCAGACCGUGUGGGGCCAGGGCCAGUGGGGCCGGCUCCUGCUGGCCCCCUUCCACCACCUGGGCCCCUUCCACCUGCUGGCCAACUUGCUGGCCCUGGGCUGGCUGGGCAGCGGUCUGGAGCUGGAGGUGGGCACCCUGAGGGCAGGGGCGGCGCUGCUGGCCCUGGCACUCCUGGGGGGCCUCCUCCACCUGGCCCUCAACGCCGCCCUGGCUGCAGCCACCGGGGAGUGCGCCUCCCUGGCCAACUUGCUGGCCCUGGGCUGGCUGGGCAGCGGUCUGGAGCUGGAGGUGGGCACCCUGAGGGCAGGGGCGGCGCUGCUGGCCCUGGCACUCCUGGGGGGCCUCCUCCACCUGGCCCUCAACGCCGCCCUGGCUGCAGCCACCGGGGAGCAGGGCUACUGGCACCACUGCGCCGUGGGCUUCUCAGGAGUCCUCUUCUCCCUCGAAGCGAUGGGCCGGCCGGUGGGGCCCCCUCUGCCGCCAACCACCACUGGGGGCUUCACCCUCACAACCCGGUGGCUCUGCCUCUUGGAAUGCCUGGCCCUGGCCGUCCUCUUUCCCAGGAGCUCUCUGACGGGCCACCUCUCCGGGAUCCUGGCCGGGCUGGCCUUUUCUACGGUGCCCUUCCUCUAUCUGGACACCGGCUGAAGCUCCCAGCGCUCUCCAGCCACCGCCACCAGGAAGGAGCCCAUGCACCAGGAGGUCCCAUCCAGCUGACAGGAGUAUUCCCAGGCUCUCUGGAACAAUACAGCCCUCUCACCUCUUC